GCAGCUGGCCAACUCGAGCCACCUCAUCAGGAAAAAAAAAAAGAAAGAGAGAAAAAAAAAAUCUCGCCUCCCUUUCAAAUACGCCGCCGCGGCCGCAAAGCUUUCGCUCGGAGCACACGCACGCGCGGCGCGACGGCGCGACCUCGCCUCGACACGAGCUCUCGUGAUCUCGUCUCGCCGCGUCUAGCUCGCCGGCGCCGCCGCGCGCGCGCGUCCCCUCGCCGCCGUACGUGUAGCGGAGCGACUCCCUCUCUCCCUCCCGCCUCACCUCCGGGACCGGUCGGUCGGUCGAUCGAUCGACGGGGCGAGGGGAUGGCGGCACCGGAAGGCCAGAACAAGUUCGCGGGCGUCCGCUUCUUGCCCAAGGACCUGGAGCUCCUCGCCAUCCUCGACGCCAAGCUCCGCGGAAGCCCGUUAGGCCCCGUGGAAGCCAUCUUCCACGACACGCAGAUCCUCGACUUCCACCCGUACAAGCUCUACGAGAUGUAUGCUGAGGACGAGGAGGAGGAAGGCUACAUCUACUUCUUCAGCACGAUGCAGUUCAGAUGCAGGAAGAUUGUGGAGCGCGCGGCGCAGGGCGGCCGGUGGAAGGUGAACAACUGCGAGACUCUGGAGGUUGGCGGCGUCGCCGUUGGCCGGAAGUUCACCAUGAAUUUCUACGAGCAUAUCGGCGGCGACAACGACCUCAUCUGGACCAACUGGGGCAUGCAAGAGUUCGCCAGGAUCAUCGGCCCAAACAAGGAGCUCGCGGAUCUUGCCUUGUACCGCCUAUACAAGAAGAAAAUAACAAGGGGGACAGGCGAGGAGAAGCCGGAAGACAUCGCCGCGGCUAGCGAUGGCGAUACCGAGAGCAGCAUGAACAAGCGUAGACGUGUAGAAGCGUCGGCGGCGGCCAUGGCGCUGCCACCGCCACCGCCAUCGCCAGGCCUGCCUGGAACAAUGAUGUUCAUGGCGGCGGACCAGGCGAACGUGGCCUCGACCUCGCAGGAAUGGCACGGCCAGUUCGCCAACGGCGCUGCGGCGGCGCCGAGUCCUAGCGGCUGCUGGCCCUGGGCGCCACCGCCGACACCGAGCGCAGUGGAGCCUUUCAGCUUCUGGGCCAGCGCGUCGGCGGCGACUCCUCCUGCCGCCGCGAACUACCACCCGUCGCCGCAGCCGCAGCCGCUGCCGCCGCAGGGCGGCGAGUACUACUCCAGACACGGCGCCUUCUCGGUGGCGCCCGUGCCCGCGUCCGCCUGCUCGACGCCGUCCCCGGAGGCGGCGACCAGCUGCCUCUUGGCUACGACGUCACCUCUGCCGGCGGCAGGUACUGAGGGCAGUGACAGUCAGCAGCAAGAACCCCCCUGCGAAUUGAUGGAAUUUUGAAAUUUUGGCGAAUUGCUUAUAGCUGAUUCUGAUCUGGCCGACAAAUUUCCGUCAAAUUCGCAGUGUUCAACUUCGUACUCUUUUUCUGACCGUUGGCUGUUACUUCACUAGUUCUACAUAUGUGAGACUGCAUUGUUUUUUGUACUAGUAUUAAUCUUGGUGAUCUGUUGUUCUGAAAUGCUUAUAAAUUUUGCCCUUGUGCCUUGAAGAAUUUGCUAUGUGCGUCACUUGCUUUGAUU